UCAGUUAUGUUAUUGUGUUUCACUUUUAUUCACAACAUAGAUUUAUUUUCCAAUUCCACGAAUUUAAGAAUAAUGUCGACUAUGAAAUAAUAUUAAAUUUUUGUGUAUUUUUAUCUCUCGCCUUCGCUCUUAUCUUGCACUAUCAUAAAAAACAAAAUGAAAAUAAUAAAUGAUUAUACUUUAUUUAUUAUCAAUGUUAUAAUGGAAAAUUAAUACAAAAAAUAAAUUACAUUAAUAUACUAGCAAACAAUGCGACAGUGUUUGUGAUAAUUGUACAGAAAAAAAAACACGUUAAGCCGGGAAUUGUCAAAGGGUUAUCAUUUAAUAUAAUAACUUAUAUUACCGUAAAUAUAUUAAAAAUGAGUAAUACAAACUAUUCUUUGUCUGAAGUUGAGAAAGUAUCAAAAGAAAAGCCACCAAACAAUAAGGAAAGGAUUUGUGGUCUAUGUGACACAAAUAUUAGCAAAUAUUGUUGUCCUCGUUGUGAAAUAUUCUAUUGCUCAUUGGACUGCUACAAAUCUGAGCAACACAAUGCAUGUUCAGAAAGCUUUUACCGUGAUUGUGUGAAUGAGGAAUUGGCUUUCCACCAAGCAGAUGAUGAUUCAAAGAGAAAAAUGCUUGAUAUAUUGAAAAAAAUGCAAGAACAAGAUGAACAAGACUUGGAUAUACCUGAAGAACUUCUAGAAGAUGAUCACAGUGUUGUAGACUCUGAUGAUGAAGAAGAAAUUGAUUUACAUGAAAGAAUAAAAGAUCUGAACCUUGAUGAUCCAGAUGCUGUGUGGAAUGUACUGACAGAGGAUGAAAGGAAUGAGUUUGAAGCGUUAUUAAAUCAAGGUGAGGUAGGCUCUAUAAUACCUCAAUGGGAACCAUGGUGGAUGUACAGAAAAGAAGAAAAAGUUGUGGAGGAUGUUAGUUAUAAUAUAGAAUUAGAGGAAAAAUUGAAGGAUUGUCCACCUUUGAAAAUGGUACCUCCACUCUCGUCACUGACUACUGUCCAACCAUCUCCAGCUAUAAAAUUUAAUAUCACAAAUAUUAUAGCAUCAUACGUAUUCUUAAUGAGAUAUUUCAAUGGUGAAAUGGAUGUAGUUGAAGGCACAAUAUCUUUUUUAAACAUCUGUGCUAAUUUGGACACUAAUAUGAACUUCGAAGACUUGGCUACAGCUGUAGAGUCAGUAGCACAGAAGUCGCUUCAGAGUGACCUUAUUGAAACGGACAAGAAUAGCUCAGAAGUAAUGAAACAUGAUACGUUUCUAAUAUUACAAGGACCCAGUAAAGAAAAGAAGUUACACUAUUGCAAAGCAGUUCUUUCACAUGUCCACAAUAUAUUCACUAAAGCAAAAACCAUAGAUAAAAUAUCCAAUGAGGGUAGUAAAACCAAAAGUGAGUUCUCAAGGAAAUUUCCAGAACAUAAAAGAGACCAUCUACCCAAUUUAGACAUAAGUAAAGUGAAGAAAUGUAUAAAAAAAUUAGAAUAUUAUUUGUCUUAUAUUGAAAGCUUUGAUAUGGAGUUUUAAUAAAAGAUUUCUUUUUA